UAGGCGCAAAAAUGGUUUGUUUUGGUCUGUUCGCGUAGCAUCACUUUUACAAAGGUCUGCAGUGAAACGCGUCGAAGAGAAAAUACGGAUCCAUUCUACCAGCACCAUGUUAUUUCCCGACGAUACAAACUUUUCCAGCCCCUCUUCGGAGGGUGGUGCUUUUGAGCGACUAAAAGUGCCGUACACGUACCGGUCGGAGUGUUACCAUUUCGUGAAGAAAGAUUUCUCCAAACAGUUCGCGUUCAUCUACGCUUCCCGGCUGGAGGAAAUGCUGAAGCUGCUGGAGGACAGUGUGCAGAAGAAGUGGGGCACCGAGAUGCCGAUCAAGCGGUUGGCCGAUCUGAGGGAAGACUGUCCGCAUAAGUGCGUCAUCAUCGGUACACUGUUUAAGCACCAGGAACUAAAACCAAGCAUAUUGCGUGAAAUUUCGGAAGAAAAUCAGCUAGCACCGCAACCGCCACGGUCACACUACACGAACGACAACGAUAUUCUGAUCCUGGAGGACGCGCUGCAACGCAUCAAGCUGGUGGGCAAAAUCGAUGUGCACUCGAUUGUGACGGGAGUUGUCUGUGCCGUUAUGGGCCAAGACAGGUACGAGGAAAGCGAUGGACGAUUCUUCGUGGAGGAUUACAUCUUCUAUCAAGGAGCGCCGCAGAGAGAACUGCAACCACUUCAAACUUCCCCAUUGCUGGUUCUAAUUUCGGGCCUUAAUGAGUCAGCAGCGAACGAUUUUACCACCCCGCUGGAGCUACUGCAGCAGUGGGUGUUCGGUAAUCUCGAAGGUCUGCUCGACGGUCACGAUUGGGAAGCGGCCAGUAUUGUGCGCAUCGUAAUCGCUGGCAAUUCGGUGAAAGCAAGCCCAAAGCCCAAAAAUCACCAUUCCUCAAAGGUAACGACCGAAACGGAUGCACUGCUCGGCGCGGUAAAAACGGUCGAUUCGCUCAUACACAACCUCGCCCAAUCCGUCCCGAUCGAUCUGAUGCCGGGUGAGUUCGAUCCGGCCAAUCAUAUGCUACCGCAGCAACCGAUGCACCACUGUCUGUUUCCACGGUCGAAGGGAUUUGCCUCGUUCAGGGGUGUACCGAAUCCGUACGCGUUUGAUCUAGCGGACCGAUACGUCGUGGGCACAUCGGGGCAAAAUGUGCUCGAUGUGAUGCGCUACUCCAAGAUUGAGAGCCCGCUGGAAGCGCUGAAGGCUACGCUGCGCUGGGGCCAUCUGAUACCGACCGCGCCGGACACGCUACCAUGCUAUCCGUACUAUGAGAAGGAUCCGUUCAUUAUUGGUGAGUGUCCGCACGUGUACUUUGCCGGGAAUGUGGGAGAAUUUAGCACGGAAAUGUGGACGGGUGCUGGUGGACAGCAGACACGGCUGGUUUGUGUACCAUCGUUUGCGGACAGUCAAAGCGUUGCCGUUGUCAACCUGCGUACGAUGGAGUGCCGCAAGGUUAGCUUCAAGGUCGGUGGGUUUGAGGGAGAGGAGUGAAGUGUGAAGUGUAGAGUGUUUAAUAUAAAAUCUCAAUGUUUUUCAUAAAUAA